UCUCCCGUGGAUCUCGAGCGGAGCCGGCCGCCGCCGGCGACUUGCACGGAGCCCGUGGAGCCCCUGCGCCCCGCAGCCGACCCGUCCGGCCACCCGCGUUGCGCGUGGGUCCUUCCCGAAUGGGGAGCCGCCCGGGCCGGGGCCAGCCGCCCGCCGGCCUCUGCCUGCUCCUGGCGGCGCUGCAGCUUCUGCUCCGGACGCAGGCCGCAGACCCCGUGGACGUGCUCAGGGCCCUGGGAGUGCGGGGGUCCCAGGCUGGGCUCCCCGAGGGGCCUGGUUUCUGUCCCGAGAGGGCCCCGCAGGGUGACCGGGCAUUCCAGAUGGGCAAGGGCAGCACGCUCGGUGUCCCCACAUCGGAGCUUUUCCCAGAUGGACACUUUCCUGAGAACUUCUCUGUGAUGAUCACUCUGCGGAGCCACCCAGCCAGCCAGUCCGUCCUUCUGUCUAUUUACGAUGAGAAGGGUGUCCGGCAGCUGGGGCUGGCUCUGGGGCCGGCUCUGGGCCUCCUAGGCAACCCUUUCAGCCCCCUCCCUCAGCAGGUCAAUCUCACAGACGGCAGGUGGCACCGUGUAGCUGUCAGUGUAGAAGGUGGGACGGCGAUUCUGGUGGCCGACUGUGAACCCCAGCCCCCCGUGGUGGGCCAGGGGCCUCGACUCAUCAGCACAGCUGGACUCACGGUGCUGGGAACCCAGGAUCCAGGGGAGGAGAAUUUUGAGGGAGAUAUUCAGGAGCUGCUGAUAUCCCCAGACCCUCAGGCCGCCUUCCAGGCCUGUGAGCUGUACCUUCCUGGCUGUGACGACCUGGACCCCCCAACCACAGGGGCUCCCCAGCGUGAGCCAGAAACCUCUUCCCCUCGACGGAAGGGGAAGGGGAAGGGGAAGAAAAAAGGACGAGGUCGCAAGGGGAAGGGCCGGAAGAAAAAAAAUAAGGAAACGAUGACCCUGGUUCCCCCUCCUGGCUUCCUGGAGAACCAGACUGCUGCUGACAUUCCUAAGACCAAGGUGCCAGCCCCAACUCUGCCUCCGACCCCCGUGUCCCCUUUGGUCAUCACCACCACUGUCACCAUUGGCCGCAAUGUCAGCAUCCUAGAGGGAGGUGUGGACCCUGACAGUGGAACUGAGCUGGGGAUAUUGGAGAAUGAUGCUUCCGUGGAGGACGGGAAAGGAGGUGGCUCCGCCAUGGGCCCCGUCUUCCGGGCAGCAGAGCAUCCAUUGAGGACCGAGUUCCAGAUCUUUCCUGGUGCUGGACAGAAGGGAGAAAAAGGAGAACCAGCAGUGAUUGAAAAGGGACAGCAGUUUGUGGGACCUCCAGGAACUCCAGGACCCCAAGGGGUGGUUGGCCCCUCAGGCCCUCCUGGCCCCCCAGGAUUCCCUGGUGACCCCGGGAUACUGGGCCCUGCUGGCCUCCCAGGGAUCCCUGGCACUGACGGGGUCCGGGGCCUCCCAGGCACUGUGAUUGUGAUGCCGUUCCAGUUUGCAAGCAGCUCCCUCAAAGGACCCCCAGUCUCCUUCCAGCAGGCCCAGGCUCAGGCAGUCCUGCAGCAGGCUCAGCUCUCCAUGAAGGGCCCACCUGGCCCAGUGGGGCUCACUGGGCGGCCAGGUCCUGUGGGUCUCCCUGGAUAUCCAGGUCUGAAGGGAGAAGCAGGAGAAAUGGGGCAACAGGGUCCCCGAGGUCUCCAGGGCCCUCCUGGACCCCCUGGCCGAGAGGGCAAGAUGGGUCGCUCUGGAGCUGAUGGGGCUCGGGGACUCCCAGGGGACACGGGGCCCAAGGGUGAUCGGGGCUUUGAUGGCCUGCCAGGGCUGCCUGGUGAGAAGGGCCAAAGGGGGGACUUUGGCCAUGUGGGGCAACCGGGUCCCCCAGGAGAGGACGGUGAGAAGGGAGCCCAUGGACCUCUAGGGCCCACUGGCCAGGCUGGGGAGCCGGGUCCCCGAGGACUGAUUGGUCCCAGGGGCUCCCCCGGUCCCCCAGGACGCCCGGGUAUAACUGGAACUGAUGGUGCCCCAGGAGCCAAAGGAAAUGUGGGUCCUCCAGGAGAACCAGGUCCUCCGGGACAGCAGGGAAAUCCUGGGUCUCAGGGACUUCCUGGUCCCCAGGGACCCAUUGGCAUUCCUGGGGAGAAGGGUCCCCUUGGAAACCCAGGGAUUCCAGGCAUCUUAGGAGCUGAUGGCCCUCCGGGUCACCCAGGCCAUGAGGGCCCCACGGGAGAGAAAGGGGCCCAGGGUCCACCAGGAUCAGCUGGUCCUCCGGGCUAUCCUGGACCUCGGGGUGUGAAGGGCACCUCUGGCAACCGGGGCUUCCAAGGGGAGAAAGGAGAGAAGGGAGAGAAUGGCUUUCCAGGCUUCAAGGGUGAGGCAGGACCUAAGGGUGACAGGGGGCACCCUGGACCCCUGGGUCCCCGGGGAGAGGAUGGCCCGGAAGGGCUGAAGGGGCAGGCAGGGCUGGCUGGCGAGGAGGGUCCUCCAGGCUCAUCUGGGGAGAAGGGCAAGCUUGGGGUGCCGGGUCUGCCUGGUUAUCCGGGUCGCCCAGGUCCUAAGGGAUCUCUCGGAUUUCCCGGGCCCUUGGGGCCAUUAGGAGAGAAAGGGAAGCGAGGGAAGGCAGGGCAGCCAGGACAGGAAGGAGAGCGGGGACCCCCAGGCUCCCGUGGAGAGAGGGGACAGCCAGGUGCCACGGGGCAGCCAGGCCCCAAGGGAGACGUGGGCCAGAACGGGGCCCCUGGCAUCCCUGGAGAAAAGGGUCCCCUCGGUCUGCAAGGCGCUCCUGGAUUCCCUGGGCCAAAGGGUCCCCCUGGCCCCCAGGGGAAAGAUGGACUACCCGGGCACCCCGGUCAGAGAGGAGAAUUGGGUUUUCAAGGUCAGACAGGGCCGCCUGGGCCAGCCGGUGUGGUGGGGCCUCAGGGAAAGACAGGAGAAGCGGGGCCUCUGGGCGAGAGGGGACCCCCAGGCCCCCCGGGACCUCCUGGUGAGCAAGGCCUUCCGGGUCUGGAAGGCAGAGAAGGGGCCAAGGGGGAACUGGGAGCGCUGGGACCACUUGGGAAGGAAGGGCCACCCGGGCCCAGGGGAUUCCCUGGCCCCCAAGGACCCCCAGGGGACAUAGGACCUACUGGUUUGAAGGGUGACAAGGGCCCCCCAGGGCCCAUUGGGGCCAACGGCUCCCCUGGCGAGCGGGGCCCUUUGGGCCCGACAGGAGGCAUUGGGCUUCCUGGUCAAAGUGGAGGCCAAGGCCCUGUUGGCCCUGCAGGAGAGAAGGGGUCUCCAGGUGAACGUGGCUCCCCUGGCCCCACUGGCAAAGAUGGGAUCCCAGGGCCCCUGGGGCUUCCGGGACCCCCGGGGGCUGUCGGGCCUUCUGGCGAGGAAGGGGACAAGGGGGAAAUGGGCAAUCCGGGCCACAAGGGCAGCAGAGGAGAUAAGGGGGAUGCGGGCCCACCUGGACCAACAGGGAUACAGGGUCCUGUGGGACACCCAGGCUCCCCGGGAGCAGACGGGGCUCAGGGACGCCGGGGACCCCCAGGCCUCUUUGGGCAGAAAGGGGAUGAUGGAGUGAGAGGCUUCGUGGGAGUGAUUGGACCCCCUGGUCUGCAGGGGCUUCCAGGACUUCCUGGAGAGAAGGGGGAUGUUGGUGAUGUAGGGGCCAUGGGUCCCCAUGGAGCUCCAGGCCCUCGGGGUCCCCAUGGUCCCAGCGGAUCAGAGGGCCCUCCAGGGCUGCCUGGAGGAGUUGGGCAGCCAGGCCCCGUGGGCGAGAAGGGUGAACCAGGGGAGGCCGGUAACCCAGGACCCCCAGGAGCUCCAGGCAUCCCAGGGCCCAAGGGAGAAAUUGGUGAAAAGGGGGAUACAGGCCCAUCUGGGGCUGCCGGACCUCCGGGUAAAAAAGGACCCCCUGGAGAGGAUGGAGCCAAAGGGAAUGUGGGCCCCAUAGGGCUCCCAGGAGAUCUUGGACCACCAGGAGAUCCUGGAGUUUCGGGUGUAGAUGGUUCCCCAGGGGAGAGGGGAGACCCUGGUGAUGUUGGGGGACCGGGUCCACCUGGUGCUUCUGGGGAACAGGGGCCCCCUGGGCCCCCUGGCAAGAGGGGUCCUGCAGGCCACAUGGGUCGAGAAGGCAAAGAAGGGGAGAAAGGUGCCAAGGGGGAGCCAGGCCCUGAUGGGCCCCCAGGGAGGACAGGCCCAGUGGGGGCUCGAGGGCCUCCUGGACGUGUGGGGCCUGAGGGUCUUCGAGGGAUCCCUGGUCCUGUGGGCGAACCAGGGCUUCUGGGACCCCCUGGACAGAUGGGCCCCCCCGGCCCCCUGGGACCCUCUGGCCUCCCGGGGCUGAAGGGAGAUGCUGGCCUCAAGGGGGAAAAGGGUCACAUUGGAUUAAUUGGCCUUGUUGGUCCCCCUGGGGAGGCUGGCGAGAAAGGGGAUCAGGGGUUGCCAGGCGUGCAGGGGCCCCCUGGCCCCAAGGGAGACCCCGGUCCCUCUGGGCCCACCGGCUCUGUGGGCCACCCUGGGGCCCCAGGCGUGGUGGGCCCUCUGGGACAGAAGGGUUCAAAGGGAUCCCCGGGAUCCCUCGGCCCCCGUGGAGACACUGGACCCCCAGGCCCCCCUGGGCCUCCGGGUUCCCCUGCAGAGCCACCGGAGCUGCGCCGACGACGUCGGCGGUGGGCCCCGGUCCCGGGGGUGCCGCAGGUCCUGGAGGGCGGCCUGGAGGAGGUGCUGGCCUCGCUCACGUCGCUGAGCUUGGAGCUGGAGCAGCUCCGGCGCCCCCCGGGCACGGCUGAACGCCCGGGCCUGGUGUGCGGGGAGCUGCACCGCAACCACCCGCACCUGCCGGAUGGGGAAUACUGGAUUGACCCUAACCAGGGCUGCGCGCGGGAUGCGCUCAGGGUUUUCUGCAACUUCACGGCUGGAGGAGAGACCUGCUUGUACCCCGACAAGAAGUUUGAGACCGUGAAACUGGCAUCCUGGUCCAAGGAAAAACCGGGAAGCUGGUAUAGCACAUUCCGACGAGGGAAGAAGUUCUCCUACGUGGACGCCGAGGGGUCUCCGGUGAACGUGGUACAGCUGGCCUUCCUGAAACUGCUGAGUGCCACAGCCCGCCAGAGCUUUACCUACUCCUGCCAGAACUCGGCUGCCUGGCUGGACGAGGCCUCAGGUGACCACAGCCACUCCAUCCGCUUUCUCGGGGCCAAUGGGGAGGAGUUGUCCUUCAACCAGACAGCAGCGGCCAUCAUCAACGUCCCCCAUGAUGGCUGCAAGCUACGGAAGGGACAGGCGAAGACGGUCUUGGAGUUCACAUCUUCCCGAGUGGGGUUUCUGCCCCUGUGGGACGUGGCAGCUGUUGACUUUGGCCAGACGAAUCAGAAGUUUGGGUUUGAGCUGGGCCCUGUCUGCUUUAGCAGCUGAGAGUCACUGGGGUGGGAGGGACAGUGAGGGAGCCCCCACUGGGGUACAUUUGGUGCUGAGAUCGAAGCCACCGUAUUUAUAUCUCCUGUGACUGGGGAACCAGGGCACGGUCUGCUCAUCACAUUCCAAAAAUAUUCCUUCUCCCAUCCAGGGGACUGGGGGCUGGACUCUUCUGGCCCAGGGUUAGGGUGGCAUAGCUGUAGUUUGGUUCUCUCUCCCCUUCAUCCCCACCCAGCCCUCGACUCCCCAUCCCCAAACCCUUGUGUAAUGAACUUCGAACUCAAAACAAGUGAAUGUCCCCCACCAUGCCUCCCAGCCCCCCUGCCUGCCUCAGUCAGUGCCCUUGGUGCUACCCCAUCCCCCCUAUAGUUAAGCACUGGAUGUCUCCUGAUCCCGCCCCCCACCCCCUCCCCAGGCCGAAACCCCUUCACUCAUUCCGGUUCCCAUGAGGGUUUCCAGUGAAGGGACUGAUGUCAGACUACAGAGGGAAGUGGGACUUCCCUUGACUGAGCUGUGUCAACCCAGCUCUGAAUGCUACUCCCCCAUCCCCCACAUCUCCCCGAGCUCACCUUGCCAUGCCAGGUGGUUUAGGAAACUAGAGAGUGGGGUUGAAUCAGGAUCCUAAUGGUGCUACCCUAUUUAUACCUGGGUUUGUAUUAAAAGGGAAAAUCCCCUCUGUUGUAUAUUUAAUCUGCUUUCUCCUUAGGGAGGGCUGGGAUAUGAUGAGAGAGAUUCCAGCAUGCUCCCCCACCCCGGGGCCAUAGGGCACAAAUGACAUCUCAAGUCUGACAAUAAACCAGUGAACUGUG